AUGUCAUCUUGGUACUCGAGGAUCCUCACCAACACCACCUCUCAGAUCUCGAACCUGCAGAGUCGCUUGUUGCAGAGCGAAAACGACGGCGACACUGAAGACGACACCCACGUGUGCAGAGUCCUUAGAGGCUACUACACCGAGAAAGGCCGUCCGUUCCCAGGCUGGUUGCCGCCCGACCCAAAGGCACCACCCCCAGCAGCGCCCGUCUACGCCCAACCAGCCCAGCAAGUCGGCGCACGAUACGGAGGUCUGCAGCAGCAACAGCAAGCUGGUCCUACGACGGGCUUGAGCUCUCUGUGGGACAAUAAUGGCGGCGCGCAGCAGAGGCAGGACACGAUGAGCCUGCGGCAAGGUCGCGGAGCUCCCCCACCGAUGCGAGGCGCCGAGCAGCAGCCCGCGCGACUGAGCCCCUUUGCCCGAGCCGGAGACAAUGGACGCGAAGAGGUGCAGGCACGACCUCUGCCCAGUCAGCGAGCGGGCAGUUAUCAGCAAAGUGCGGCAUAUGGAAGAGACACGACGAACACACCGCCGGGCAGCUCAGCGGGCGGCUCAGCACAGGAUCGGCUUAAGCAGCGACUAUGGGGAGGGGCGAGAACAACCAGUCCGGCAUCUGGAGGUCAAGGACCAUUCCAACCACCGACGGGCAGAGGCGGGAGCGGUGACUACGAAGACCGAUUUGCUCCCGGCGGCAUGUACGAUGGGAAUGGAGGCGGCGGCGGUGGUGGUGGAGGAGGCGGAGGUAGGCCAUUUGUGGCAUCCAACUCUCCGUGGUCGAACAACGAUCCUGGCUAUGGUGGAGGCAGCGGCGGCGGCGGUGGCAGUGGUGGGCGAACAGGACUGCCUGCUGGCCCAAGACGUCAAGGUCUCCCAAGCGGUCCUCGUAUGAGGUAA